GUACAGAUACUCAUUUCGGAGAUCCGCCAGCUUACGACUCUUCACUCAGCUAUUUUGGAGUGCUCCAUUGUGCCGAAGCCCAGAUUUUUGGUUCAUCUUCUUUGGUGGCUAUGCACCCUAUGGGGCAGGGUAUUCAUAUAUCAGCAGGCCAUGGUAGAGGCCGUGGUGGAACUUCCAGUGUUAGCGGUCCUUCAAAUCACAUCUAUGCCUUAGCUAGCCGAUGGGAUCAACAGGCGUCACCAAAUGUGGUUACAGGUAUAUUAUCAAUCUUCUCUCGAGAUAUAUAUGCAUUGAUAGAUCUAGGCUCCACUUUAUCAUAUGUAUCUCCCUUUGUUGAUGGUAGAGUGGGAAUAAAACCCGAAUCAAUAGACCCGUUUGAGAUAGCUACAUCGGUAGGAGACUCUAUUAGAGUAAAGCAAGGAUACAAAAAUUGCUCAGUGAGUAUAUGUGGUUGUUAUACCUUGGCUGAUUUGCUGGAAUUAGAUAUGACGGUGUUCGACGUUAUUAUAGGUAUGGACUGGUUAUCUUCUUGUUAUGCUAACAUUGAUUGUAGAAACAAAGUAGUUCGGUUGCAGCUCCCAAAUGAGCCAAUUAUCGAAUGGUUGGGGAAUACGACAUUGUCGAGGGGCAAAUUUAUCUCAUACCUCAAGGCAAGGAAGAUGGUUAGAAAAGGGUAUAUUUAUUAUCUAGUUCGUGUACAUUACUUGGAAAUAGAGGUACUGACUUUUCAGUCAGUGCCAGUAGUUAAUGAAUAUCCAGAUGUAUUCGCAGAUGAACUCCCAGGUCUUCCUCCUGAAUGGGAGAUAGAGUUCACUGUAGAUGUGUUACUAGAUACUCAGCCCAUAUCUAUCCCUCCUUAAAAUAUGGCAUCUGCGGAACUGAAGGAAUUAAAGGAAUAGCUAAAAGACUUGUUAGAAAAUUGCUUCAUUAGGCCCAGUACAUCACCUUGGGGAGUACCGGUAUUAUUUGUGAGAAAGAAAGAUGGGUCGCUGCGAAUGUGUAUUGAUUAUAGGCAGCUGAAUAAAGUAACAAUAAAGAAUAGAUAUCCCCUCCCUAGGAUUGAUGAACUGUUUGACCAGUUGCAGAGUACUAAGUGUUUUUCGAAGAUAGUCCUGCGGUCAAGCUAUCAUCAGGUACGGGUAAAAGAAGCUGAUAUCCCAAAGACUGCGUUCAGAACCCGAUACGGGCAUUAUGAGUUUAAAGUAAUGUCUUUUGGGCUGACUAAUUCUCUACUGAUGUUUAUGGAUCUAAUAAACCAAGUGUUCAAACCAUUUCUAGACUUGUUCGUGAUUGUAUUUAUUGAUGAUAUUCUGGUCUAUUUACGAUCGGAAGAGGAACACAUGGAUCAUUUGCGAAUGGUACUUGGGAAGCUCCAACACCAGAAGUUGUAUUCUAAGUUCCCUAAAUGUGAAUUCUGGUUGACUUCAAUAGCAUUCUUGGGGCAUGUUAUUGGAAUGGAUGACAUUCGAGUACAUACACAGAAGAUUGAGAUCGUAUGGGCUUGGCUAAGACCUACAACACCUAUGAAGGUACGUAGUUUUCUAGGGCUAGCAGGGUAUUACAGAAGGUUUGUAAAGAACUUUGCUUUGAUUUCCCCAUCUUUGACAAGGCUAACUCAAGAGGGGGCUAAGUUCCAGUGGACUGAUGCUUGUGAACAAAGCUUUCAGUUGCUGAAAGAUAAGUUGACUACGACCCCAGUUUUAACUCUUCUUGAAGGACCAGAUUUCUAUGUUAUUUAUUGUAAUGUUUCCAGUGUUGGUCUAGGUUGUGUACUGAUGCAACAUGGUAGAGUCAUAGCAUAUGCCUCCCUACAGCUCAGGAAGCACGAAAGGAAUUAUCCAACUCAUGAUCUGGAGUUAGAAGCAGUAAUUUAUGCUUUCAAAAUAUGGAGGCACUAUCUAUAUGGCGUACAUGUUGAUAUCUAUAUGGAUCACAAAAGCCUCCAAUACAUCUUUAAGCAGAAAGAGCAGAAUUUACGGCAGAAAAGGUGGCUAGAGUUGCUGAAGGAUUAUGAUGUUGACAUCCUAUACCACCCAGGGAAAGCAAAUGUAGUAGCAGAUGCACUCAUCCGUAAAUCAAUGGGUAGCUUGGCAGAUGUAUAACCAGGAUGAAUAGAGAUAGUCCACAAGAUUUGCCAGUUAGCUAGCCUUGGAGUCAGUUUAGUUGAUUUGGAUAAUGGUAGAGUUUCUAUUCGAGGAAUUGCUAAAUCCUCUAUCAUAGAAGAAGUAAAGAAAUGCCAGUAUAAGGACCCUAUUCUGGUAUAGUAUAGGGACUCAUCUCUUCAAAAGGAAAAGACCCCAUUCGAGAUCACGUCUGGCGAAGUGCUAAGAUAUAGAGGCAGAAUCUGUGUACCUAAGAUUGUUGGGCUACGACAGCAGGUGAUGGGAGAGGCACACUAUGCCCGUUAUUCUGUUCAUCCAGGGUCAACCAAGAUGUAUUAUGACCUCAGAUGUUUAUAUUGUGGGAUGGCAUGAAGAAGGACAUAGCAGAGUUCGUAGCCUAGUGCCCGAAUUAUCAACAGGUUAAGAGUGAGCAUCAAAAGCUUGGCAGACAGUUACAAGAAAAGGAAAUCCCGACUUGGAAAUAAGAAGUGAUUAAUAUGGAUUUUAUUACAGGCUUACCUCUCACUCUAUGGAAGUAUGAUUCCAUAUGGGUUUAUGUAAAUAGGCUGACAAAAUCAGCCUAUUUCCUUCCAGUUAGGACUACAUAUUCAGCUGAGGACUAUGCAAAAUUGUACGUCAAGGAAAUAGUAAGAUUUCACAAGGUUCCCAAGUCUAUUAUAUCAGACAGAGGAGCUCAAUUUACAGCUAACUUCUGGAGAUCAUUAUAGAAAGGAUUGGGAACACAGGUGAAUCUUAGUACAAUAUUUCACCCUCAGACUGACGGACAGGCCGAGCAUACUAAUCAAAUGCUAGAAGAUAUGUUGCGGGCCUGUAUAAUUAACUUCAGAGGCAGCUGGGAUGAUCAUUUGCCACUUAUUGAGUUUGCCUAUAAUAAUAGAUAUCAUUCUAGCAUCCAAAUGGCGCCUAUGAGGCUUUAUAUAGAAGAAAGUGUAGGUCACCUAUUGGUUGGUUUGAUAUUGGUGAAACAAAACUAAUAGGCCUAGACCUGGUUCAGUAAAUUAUGGAUAAAGUCAAGCUAAUUCAAGAAAGGUUAUUGGCAGCCCAGAGUCUACAGAAAUCAUAUACACAUAAUCGACGACGACCUUUAGAGUUUCAGGUUGACGAUUGGGUGUUUUUGAUGGUGUCACCCAUGAAGGAGGUAAUGAUGUUCGGCAAGAAAAGGAAGCUUAGCCCAAGAUACAUUGGUCCUUAUCAAAUCAUCUGUAGAAUAGGCAAAGUGUCCUAUGAGGUGGACUUACCAUUGGAUCUGAAAGCAGUACACACAGUCUUUCAUGUAUCAAUGCUUCGCAAGUGUAUUGGUAAUCCUUCUAGAGUAUUCCCCAUGGAUGAUGUCCAGGUGAUAGAGGAACUCUCGUAUGAGGAACACCCUAUAGCCAUACUUGAUUGCCAAGUCAGAAGGUUGCGCACCAAGGAUGUGGCCUCCGUCAAAGUAUUAUGGUGAAAUAAGAAUAGAGAAGAGAUAACCUGGGAAGCCGAGGAAGAGAUGAAGAAUAAAUAUCCAUACUUGUUCCCAAUGUCUACAGGUAAUCUAACCUCCUAAAUCAUUUGUAUUGGGUAAUAAGAGACUUAUAUAUGGAAACUAUUACAGAGAUUUCCCAAAACCCUUUUAAGACUUAUGAGACUAGUUAACAUUCGAGGACGAAUAUUCUAAAGGGGGGAAGGAUGUUAUACCCCACACUUUUGUAUAUUAGAACAUGUUUUUUUUCUUCUAAAAGAUUGCCAUAUGAUCCAUGUUAUCUAUGAAGUUCUAUGUGAGUAGCGAUGGUUGGAAAUAGGUCUAGAGGGGUUUGAAAGGAGUUUCCUAUCAACAAUAGUCAAAUCGAACUAUGAACAAUAUGAUACCAUAUAUAAGAACCCCAAUGGGUCAUAACGUUUUCAUAUACAUAUAGGGUUUUCAUUUGUCUCUUGAAGAGUCACCACUAAUGAAGAACACGCAAGCCAACAAGGCUGCUAUUAUAUAUUAACAUUUACAAUACAUCGUAUAGACACAACUGAACAAAACUUACAUAAAACCCACACACAUAUGUCUACAGACCUCUAAAAGUAUCAAUGGUAUCAUAUGGAGGGAUAGGGGCCCACCGUACCCCUGUACAAACAAAUAUAUACAUCAAAGCUGAGUACCAAAAAUCUGGGCUCCGGCAUAAUGGAGCACUCCAAAAUAGUUGAGUGGAGAGUCCUAUGCUGGCGGAUCUCCGAAAUGAGUAUAUGUACCUGCAUGCAUGAAAUGCAGCCCCCCGAAGAAAGGGGGUCAGUAGGACAUAUGUACCGAGUAUAUAAAGCAUAACAUAUCAUAAAUGAGAUCAUAUCUAACAUAGAGAUUCAGGAGACAAGUAUGAUACUCAAGAAAUCACUGUACAUGUGCCUUAUGAAAUCAAAUCAUGAAUGAUCAUAUUAUAUAUCAUAUAUCAUAUCCGACCCAUUAUGGACUCGGUGAAUUUGUCAUAUACCCGUAUCAUAUCUGUUAGUGACAAAGAACGUACGGCCCAAUUCAUAUAUACAUAUAAUAAUUUUAAGAAAUGUACGACUCAAUCCAUAUAUCAUAUAAUAAUAUCGAGGAACGUACGGCUCGAUCCAUAUUUACAUAUACCGUAUCCGUCCCUCUAGUGCG